AUGGGAGACAUGGGAGAUCCACCAAAAAAAAAACGUCUGAUUUCCCUAUGUGUUGGUUGCGGCAAUCAAAUUCACGAUCAGUAUAUUCUGAGGGUUUCUCCGGAUUUGGAAUGGCAUGCGGCAUGUUUGAAAUGUGCGGAGUGUAAUCAGUAUUUGGAUGAGAGCUGUACGUGCUUUGUUAGAGAUGGGAAAACCUACUGUAAAAGAGAUUAUAUCAGGUUGUACGGGAUCAAAUGCGCCAAGUGCAGCAUCGGCUUCAGCAAGAACGACUUCGUGAUGCGCGCCCGCUCCAAGGUGUACCACAUCGAGUGUUUCCGCUGCGUGGCCUGCAGCCGUCAGCUCAUCCCUGGGGACGAGUUCGCGCUUCGGGAGGACGGGCUCUUCUGCCGUGCGGACCACGACGUGGUGGAGAGGGCCAGCCUGGGCGCCGGUGACCCACUCAGCCCUCUGCACCCGGCGCGGCCGCUGCAAAUGGCAGCCGAGCCCAUCUCCGCCCGGCAGCCGGCCCUGCGGCCCCAUGUCCACAAGCAGCCUGAGAAGACCACCCGCGUUCGGACAGUGCUGAACGAGAAGCAGCUCCACACCUUGCGGACCUGCUAUGCCGCCAACCCCCGGCCAGACGCCCUCAUGAAGGAGCAACUGGUGGAGAUGACGGGCCUCAGCCCCCGCGUGAUCCGGGUCUGGUUUCAAAACAAGCGGUGCAAGGACAAGAAGCGGAGCAUCAUGAUGAAGCAGCUCCAGCAGCAGCAGCCCAAUGACAAAACUAAUAUCCAGGGGAUGACAGGAACUCCCAUGGUGGCUGCCAGUCCAGAGAGACACGAUGGUGGCUUACAGGCAAACCCAGUGGAGGUGCAGAGUUACCAGCCGCCUUGGAAAGUACUGAGUGACUUCGCCUUGCAGAGUGACAUAGAUCAGCCUGCUUUUCAGCAACUGGUGAAUUUUUCAGAAGGAGGACCGGGCUCUAAUUCCACUGGCAGUGAAGUGGCGUCGAUGUCCUCUCAGCUCCCAGAUACACCUAACAGCAUGGUAGCCAGUCCUAUUGAGGCAUGA